GGCUACGACCGGUCAUCAAAUGCACACCCAGCUCAAUUGGUGAGAAAUCUGUGGUUGGGGGCAGCUAUCUCCAGAUWGUGUUUGCCYAACUGAUGAGCRGGUCAGACACCGAKGAGGGUGGAGUUGACGAUGUGAGACUGACACGUUCGAGAUCACUUAGGGUCCCGCACGUGUUUCAGACCUUACAACCGGGAGACGAAAGACGGCUUCGUGCCGAAAAUAGAGCCCGUGCUCUCGCAGUAGCCAGGGAAACAGCACUAGCUGCAAGUCAGGCGUUGGCAGCAGCAAACGCAGCAGCUAGACAGCAGGCAGCAGCAGCCAGAGAAGCAGCAAUGGCUAACGGCGCAGCCUCUGCUGCGUCCUCGUCUGGGACCCAGUUGGGAAUGCCCGCUGGGCCCACAGGAUUUAGGCCAGCAGCACAGUCGCCGUUGCCGUUAACGGCGAUGUCAGGCCCCUUUCCGGUACAAGCUGGCACACAGCCAAGUGGUACGUCUGCAGCAGCUGCACAGACUGUUGCUUCUUCUUCUUCUGGUCCGGCGGCAGGUGCUACUCCACAGCCGCAACAAACUGUUCCACCACAGGGACAACAGCAAGGUCAUUGGUACCCAAAGACCCCUUUGAAACUGCCCCUUGCCUUCUCCGGAGAGAAGAAGGACGAGGAACUCAACACUUGGUUGAGAACAGUUCCAGUGUGGAUAAGGGCAAAGAGGACUUUGCAGGAGGAGGAGGUGAUUACCGUUGCAUCUUACCUUGAGGGUAAGGCAGCCAAAUGGAUGGAUGGAUUAGUAGCGAAGGCCGGGUACGGACGACGCAUGGCGCACUGGGCUAAGACCCUAACGUUAGAAGAGUUCUUAGAUAUGGUAGAAGCUCGCUGGCAUAAUCCACAGCAGGCACAAAUUGCCACUGAUGCGAUGCUCAAACCAGUCAGAGAGCUAACAUCUACCAUAGAGAGCCUUAUUGUCGUGCCAGGCAUACGCUACGAUGACCAGGUCUUAUUGACCAUGUUCGUGAGAUGUCUGCCCGAGAAUCUCAGGAACUUGCUAACCAGCGAGGCUCGCCUCGAGUAUCAUUCGUUUGAGACCUUAUCUAGAAAAGCCUUAGACUUAGAGGCUACUCUAGGAAGUGCUCAACCUACUCAGGUAGACACGAGGAAAACGAAGAGUCCACAGGAGUGGAAGAAGAAGGGGAGUCAAUUGAUGAUGGUUGAGUCUGAUGGGACUCAAACCGAGAUCGAGGAGCUUUCAGACCUGUUGGACAGUACAGAGUACGACGGUGAGGAAACCGCUGAGGGUAGCACCCUCGCCGCCGUUGUUAAGACUAAGGCAGGAGUCGUCGAUAGGGAGGUUGUCCACGCCAUAGAAAUCAUUCCAGGGAGUAAAACCCCUAAGGGAAGGAUCCAUAGGAUGGCUCCGGCCGAGUUGGAUGAACUUCGGCGACAACUGAAAGAGCUAACAGAAAAAGGAUGGAUCCGGCCGAGUACUUCCCCCUUCGGAUCUCCAGUGCUAUUUGUACCGAAGAAGGGGGGUACAUUGAGGAUGUGCAUUGAUUACAGAGGCCUCAAUGCCAUCACAGUGAAAAACGCAGAGCCUCUACCUCGCAUAGACAACCUAUUGGAUAGGGUGCAGGGAUGUAAGUACUAUAGCAAGAUAGACUUAAAGUCCGGCUACCAUCAGAUAGCAAUAAGACAUGAGGAUCAACACAAGACUGCUUUUCAGACCAGAUACGGUCUGUAUGAGUUUGUAGUGAUGCCCUUUGGCCUUCGCAAUGCGCCGGGUACAUUCCAGCAUGCCAUGAAUAGGAUCUUUCAUGACCACUUAGAUAAGUUCGUCGUUGUCUACCUUGACGAUAUUCUUAUCUUUAGUAAGUCUGUCGAGGAGCAUGCACAGCACGUUGAGACUGUACUUUCUCUCUUGCGACAGCACAAGUAUAAGGUCAACCUAGAGAAAUGUGAGUUUGGACGCACUAAGAUCUUAUACUUGGGUCAUGAAGUAUCCGCGGAAGGUAUUAGGCCGAAAGAUGCGAAGGUGGCUAGUAUAAGGGACUGGCCACGACCUCAGACUGUUACUGAGGUCAGAUCUUUCUUAGGAAUGUGCGGAUACUAUAGAAACUUUGUGAAGAACUAUUCUACAGUCGCCUCUCCUUUGACUGAUCUACCUCGACUUGACACGCCGUGGGACUGGAGUGAUGAGUGCGAGGCUGCUUUCAAACGAUUGAAACAUGCACUCAUGAAUCAUGAGGUUCUCAUGGUGCCCGCUCCUCAGAAGCCAUUCAUUGUAACCACUGACGCAAGCCAAUACGACAUUGGCGCAGUGCUGGCUCAGCAGGAUGGGAAGAAGUUGAGACCGAUUGAGUACAUGAGCAAAAAGAUGCCAUCCAAGAAACUGGCAAAAUCCACCUAUGAAAGGGAACUCUAUGCUCUCUACAAAGCACUUGUCCAUUGGAAACACUUCCUGUUGGGACGGUUUUUCUACUUGAGAACUGACCAUCAGACCCUCAAAUGGAUCAAGACUCAACCGACUCUUUUUGAUGCACUCAAGCGUUGGAUUGAGGUCAUAGAUGAAUAUGACCUCAAGCUAGAGUAUCUGAAGGGAGACUACAACAAGGUUGCAGAUGCGCUGUCCCGUAGAGCAGACUACCUAGGGGCGCUAGUUUCUAAAUUCGGUGAAUCUGAGGAACUAACUCAAUCGCUGGUGGGAGCCUAUCAGGAAGACCCUGUCACGAUGGACAUCAUACGCAAACUUCAGGCAAAAGACAAGGCCACAGAGGAUGAGUUUGUGAUGGUGGACGGGAUUCUCUUUCUUGAUAAGGCCGGAUUUAAAAGGCUAGUUGUUCCAUCUAGUGAAUGUUUGCGUAGUUUAUUCUUAGGAGAAUGUCAUGACGCAACCGGACACUUUGGCAACAAAAAGACGAGUGCCAAUCUAGUACAGCGAUUUUGGUGGCCCGGAAUCCUAGAAGAUGCAAAGAAGUAUGUUGAGACCUGUCAGGUCUGUCAGCGGGACAAGCCGCGAACUCGAGCACCGCUUGGGUUGCUGAAGCCCUUACCUAUCCCCGCUGAGACCAGUAUGUUGAGUGUUUCCAUGGAUUUCAUGGACACCGUGGUGACCAGUAGGAAUGGCAAGAGGCACAUCUUUGUCAUCAAAGACCGCAAGGACUGAACACGUCAUCGAGUUGUUUUUGGACAACUGGGUGCGUGAUUUUGGAUUACCAAAGUCAAUCGUUAGUGACAAAUAUGUCCGUUUCACAAGUGAGCUGUGGAAGAAGACUGCUGAACAGAUGGGCAGUCAACUUCAGAUGACUUCAGGGAAUCAUUCCGAAGCAAACGGGCAGGUCGAGCAGAUGAACAAAGUUGUACAACACUU